UCCGGCGGCGCUCAGACUGCCUGAGAAGAGUAGGAGAGUGUCGGCUAGAGGGAGGCUGCGAUGGCACCGUUUGCUUCAGUCUCGGACUCGGAGACGGAUUCGGAGGCGCUCUCGGAUGCCGAGCUGCAGGAGGCCUUCGCUCGGGGCGAUCUGAAGCCGGGGCUCAACGUGGAGCUCGAGGCGCCGAAACGGAGGCGCAAUGAUGUGGCUGGGCUCGGUCAGUGUCUGGCUGAGUUCCGAAGGGACCUGGCAUGGUUGGAGCGCCUAGACGUGACCGUGGGGCCAGCGCCAGAGCUCCCAUCACAGCAGACGCUUGUGGAACCUGGAUCCGUGGACCCCGAGGAUGACUUCCGGAGGGAGAUGACCUUCUACCGACAGGCCCAGGCUGCUGUCCUGGCAGUGCUGCCCCGGCUCCACCAGCACCAGAUCCCCACCAAGAGGCCCCAGGAUUACUUCGCAGAGAUGGCCAAAUCUGACCAGCAGAUGCAGAAGAUUCGACAAAAGCUGCAAACAAAACAGGCUGCCAUGGCGAAGUCUGAAAAGGCCAAGCAGCUUCGAGCACUCAGGAAAUAUGGCAAGAAGGUGCAGACAGAAGUUCUUCAGAAGAGACAGCAGGAGAAAUCAAAGAUGAUGACGGCUAUCAAGAAAUACCAGAAAGGCUUCUCAGACAGACUAGACUUCCUUGAGGGAGAUGACAAGGCACUCUCACGGGGCCAGAAGGAAGGAGCCAAGGCCAAGCAGAUGAAGAAAGGGCCCAGCGCCAAGCGACGGUACAAAAACCAGAAGUUUGGUUUUGGUGGGAGGAAGAAAGGUUCUAAGCGGAACACUAAGGAGAGCUAUGAUGACGUGUCCAGCUUCCGGGCCCGGACCGCCCAUGGCAAGGGCCCCCACAAGAUGGGCAAGAAGUUGUCCAAUAAGAGACCUGGAAAACGGGCAAGAGACAAAAUGAAGAAUAGAACACGCUAAGUGCCACCUUUUAUGCAGAGGAUUGGG